AUGGAGUCCUUGCCACCGAUCAUAGAUAAAGUCCUUGAAGAGAACAAGGACGUGAUGUCGGACGAGCUGUCGAAGACUCUACCUCCUAGGCGCGAGGUAGAACACAACAUAAAGUUUGAGAUUGGAUCCAAGACACCCGCACAUGUACAUUACCGUAUGGCACCACCCGAUUUAGAGGAUCUAAGAAAAUUCGUUAAAGGAGCUCCUCGAGGACGAUCACAUCCGUCCAUCCAAGGCACCUUAUGGUGCGCCAUUGCUGUUCCAGAAGAAGAAGGAUGUUGUGUCUAUGCAGCGACUGUCGGGCGCUUAAUAGGAUACUUCCUGACACAAAAGAAGAUCACCCUGAACCAAACUAGAUGGCAAGACUAUCUGGCAAAAUUUGAAUAUGUUUUGGAUUACAAGCCAGGAAGAGGCAAUAUCAUGGCCGACACACUAAGAAAGAAGGCUGCGCUUUUAUCCAUCACUACAGCUCACUGUGACAUUCAAGAUGAAAUCAAGGAUGAUAUGCAACAAGAUCCAGAAGCCAAGAAGAUGAUGGAAUUAGUUACCCAAGGCAAAACCAGAUGUUUUUGGGUAGAAUAUAACAUUUUGCUCUCUAUGGGUCAAAGGGUCUAUGUACCCAAGUUUGGGUCCAUCAGGCGGCGUAUCAUUAAGAAAAGCCACAACACACCAUGUGUUGGGAUGACAUUGAGUGCUAUGUGUAGACUUGUUUUGUGUGCCAACAAGACAAGAUGGGGCAAAGGCAACGGGGAUGGUUCCUUUUCGAAGUUCGACGGGUUUGGUACGAUCAUGGUCAUGGUGGAGAGGUUCUCAAAGUAUGCUACCUUCAUGCUCUUCACAGCCGGUUUCACCGCAAAGAAAGCUGCUCGAUUAUUUUUCAAGAAUCUGGUGAAAUAUUGGGAGUUGUCGAGGCAUAUCAUUAGCGACUGA